UGGCAAGAUGCGACUGGGGCAAAAGUGUGGCAUCCCAACUCACAAACGAUUGGAACAAAACAGAUACUCCCAAUUAGGAGCUUCUUGUCGAGCGUACCAUUAGCAGAUUUGUGAACCAGGUGCCAAAUCUUUCUCGCGCAUAGCGCUACUGCGGACAGCCAGCCACCCCAUCCCUCCCCCAACUAUUUAUCAAGGUGUUCUGCUGUAUCCAUGUCUGUUAAAGACCGAACAGCCGAAUUUCACGCGGCUGUAGAGUCAAUACUUUCCCGGUCGGGUCCUGGAAGUGUGGUGCCUGCCGAACGACAUAGGCUUAUUAGUCCCAACGGAAGCCAUGCAGGUCCCCAAACAAAGUCAGAUUUUGCCAAAGCGGCGGCAUCUAUAGGAAGGGAAAUAAAUGCUACUGUAGCAAAGUUGCAAAAGCUCGCGCGGCUAGCGAAGCGGAAGACCUUGUUUGACGACCGACCUGUCGAGAUUAACGAGUUGAUUUAUAUCAUCAAACAAGAUAUCGCAAAAAUAAAUCAGCAGAUAGCACAACUUUCGGCAUGGAUGCGAAAGAACGGGCCAAACGGGGCGGUGGCUGCAAGCGGACGAGCACCAAGUGGCGGGUCGACCAACAGCAAUCGGCAAAUGCAGGAGCACUCGUCGAAUGUGAUUACAAGCUUACAAAGCAAGCUUGCGACAACGUCGAAUGAAUUCAAAAGCAUCUUGGAGAUACGGACGGAAAACAUGAAAGAGCAAAAAACCAGGAGAGAUCAGUACUCAUCAUUUUCCGGAGUACCGACUACACCAUCAGGAGGAAUAAUGGGUACUAUGGGGACUGCCGGUGCCGCAUCCGAUUCGCCAUUGUAUAACCCAGAGAGAAGAGCAACGCCAGUACCUUAUAAUUUGGAGAAUCAAAAGGCAGCCGUCCCUCCUGGUGAUGGCGCGGUAGUGAUCGACUUCGGUUCUGCGGGGAUGCCGUCCUCGGGAAACGGAGGCUUAUUGCAGCAGCAACAGCUUGUUCCAACCAGCUCAACCGUAAAUAUGGAAAUCAUUGAGUCGCGAUCUCAAGCAAUCGAGUCGAUUGAAGCAACGAUUGCGGAGCUUGGGCAAAUAUAUCAGAACUUUGCCUCCAUGGUAGCGAGUCAACGGGAGCAGGUUCAACGAAUCGACGAGAACGUGCUUGAUAUUGAAAUGAACGUUGAAGGGGCACAUUCACAGCUGAUAACAUUUUAUCAAAACAUCAGCAGCAAUCGAUGGUUGAUGAUCAAGGUGUUUGCGGUCUUACUCGUCUUUUUCCUGAUCUUCGUGUUGAUGACGUAAAUACUGAUUGGGGAGGAGGAAGCAGGGAGGGGAAGGCGGCGACGAUCUUUGUCGCGCCUGAUCAUUUAGAUUAUACUACUUUUACACGUUAUUUGCUGCUUGGGAUUUGAAACUAUUAAUAUACCUCAUGAGACGGCAAAGAGCCGCUUGAUUCUGAA